AUGCCUGCACAAGUCAAGGAGAUUCAGUUUUUUGAUAUCCAGCCCAAACCAAAGAAGACCAGACUGGCUUGCCAGAUACCGUAUCUCGUACAUGGCGAUAGUCAGGCUGACUUGCCAGGCUACUACAUUUACUCAGACCCCAUAAUGGAGCAGAGCUCCGAGGGGCCUCCUGCAUUGUCGCACUCACAGGAGGUGAAACAAGCAAAGGUGGAUCCACUGCCAUCAACCAACACCACCAACAACAACAACGACGAAGUAGACACGUCCAUCGCCUCUGCCAUGACCAACGACAGUUCCACUGAGGCUGACACGCCCCUACAAACUGACACAGAGGAGUUAAAGGUUGUGGAUCAGGAUGUGGACCCAACACCAGUUGAGUUGCAGCAAGAGAACCUUCAGCCGCCAGAUGCUUCAGCAGAAGAUCAAGCUACUGCAGAGGAACCAAUUCCUGAAACUGAAAGUUCUCACACACCCACAGCUACAACAGCUCAGCUGGUUCAUCAGCCUAGUGAUGCUCAGACAGUCAACCCGGACAAUCACAGCCGGGUUUACACCCUCCCUGAAAAUUACAGAGCCCUUGGCGGAGAUUUACGUGCUGGAUACGGCAGCCUGUCUCGUGGAAGUACAGCCCUGCACGGCUACUGGCCAAGCAAAAACUUCCAGCCUGGGGCACACUUCACGUUGCCCUUCCUGAGGGACAGCUACACUUCGGCAGGAUUUAGCAGCCCGGCAGGUGACGAAGGCCUUGGGGACCGGACGGAAAACGCAGUGGAUGUGAGAAACGAUCAUCCGGCAGCGACUUAUGCCACUUUGGGUGGGAUUCACAACUUCAGGCCCAUUACGACCAUGGAGCUCCUUAGGGAGCCUUCCAGAACCAGAAGUGGCUACGACGAUGCCUUCAUGGCACAGCUGGAGGGCAGCCUGAACCCUUUCUUCCAGGCCAUGUGCCGAGCACAGACCUUGCAGUUCCCUCACAAGCGCAGCAGCAUGGUGAGCCUGGACAGCAUUCGCAGAGACCCCCGCUGGAGGGACCCCAAUCUGCAAGAAGUCAUCUCAAUGCUGGGCCACCCAAUGGACCCGGUCAAGUCCAACGCCGCCGCCUACCUGCAACACCUGUGCUACGAGAAUGACCGGAUCAAACAGGAAGUGCGACAACUGAACGGCGUGCCCAUGCUGGUGGACCUGCUGGACCACCCAAAACCUGAAGUCCACCGCAAGGCCUGCGGAGCCUUACGGAACAUAUCCUAUGGGAAGGACCACAACAACAAAAUGGCUAUCAAGAACUGCGACGGCAUCCAGGCUUUGGUCCGACUGCUGAGGAAGACGAGUAGCAUGGAGGUCAAAGAGUUAGUCACAGGCACCAUGUGGAACCUCUCAUCACACGAGCCCUUGAAGAUGACGGUCAUCAACCACGGCCUUCAAACGCUCAACGAAGAAAUCAUCAUCCCACACUCAGGCUGGAGGAGAGAGCCGUGCGACCCUUCGAAGCUGCACAGCGCCCAGUGGACCACUGUCUUUAAGAACACAUCGGGAUGUCUGCGGAAUGUCAGCUCAGACGGAGCCGAGGCCCGACAGCGACUGAGGGAGUGCGAAGGGCUUGUGGAUGCCCUCCUGCAUGCCCUUCACUCGGCCGUGGUCAACAAGGACACGGACAAUAAGUCUGUGGAAAACUGCGUAUGCAUCCUGCGAAACCUUUCCUACCACGUGCACAAGGAGGUGGCGGGCGUUGAGCGCCUGCAGGAGCCUCAUGUCACGCAGCUCAUGAGGUCAGUGGCGCCACACCGGAAGAAGAACGAGCCCGACUGCUUCGGAGGAAAAAGACCCAAAGAGGAGUUGUUCAGUCAUGGUUUGAAGAUGCUGUACCAGCCCGAGGUGGUGAGGCUCUACUUGUCUCUGCUCGGCUGCAGUCACAAUGCCAACACCUUGGAAGCGGCAGCCGGAGCCCUACAGAAUCUCGCUGCCGGACACUGGACCUGGUCGAGCUACAUUCGGGCCACGGUGCGAAAAGAGAAGGGUCUGCCUAUCCUGGUGGGGCUGCUGCGCUCUGAUGUGGACAAAGUGGUGCGGGCGGUGGCCAUCGCUCUCCGUAAUCUGGCCAUGGACAGACGGAAUAAAGACCUGAUAGGCAGCUACGCUCUGAGGGACCUGGUGGCCAAUCUGCCGUGUGGACAGCAGCGGCCGGCCAAAAACCUGGAAGGGGACACGGUAGUGUCGCUUCUUAAUACCAUUCACGAGAUUGUCAGCGACAGCCAGGAGAACGCAAGGACGCUGUUGCAUGGACAUGCCGUCCAGAAACUGGUGACCAUCAGCAGGUCUAGCCAAUCAGUACGCGAAACCAGGGCUGCCUCGCAUGUGCUUCAGACCAUCUGGGCCUUCAAGGACCUCAGGAAUGCUCUCAAUAAGGCGGGCUGGAACAAAAGCCACUUUAAGCCGACAGCAACCGGAGGGACCAAAAAAUCUAAGACGAUGAAACAAAGCGGCGACGACAUCACUUUGCCUCUGAUGGACAAAUCCCAAGAUAUGUUUUCCAGCAGUUUAGAGCCAAAUGACAGAGUGGAAGAAGGAAUUACACCUGUUGUUGAAAGAGACGCUGUCCAGGCGAUAAGCGAGAGGAAACACUUCAUCCGAGCUGGCAGGCCCGCCGUGGGCCUCAUGGAUAACAAACCUCCGCCGCUGGACUCGUGGGUGUGA